AUGGCGGCGGGAGGCCCCUGAGGCAGCGCUCCCGAUGGAGCCGGCAGCGCUCGGGCGCCUGUGGCGGCUCCUGCCCGCCGGCCCGGGGCUGCCUCGGCCGGGCCUUGCUCCGCCGCCGGCCCGCGGAGCGCAGGGCGGUGCUGGGGGCUCUGUGCGGCAGCGCCAGGACCUGUACGAGGUGCUGGGAGUCCCGGCCACAGCCACCGCGGCCCAGAUCAAGACGGCGUACUACGAGCAGUCGUUCCGCUAUCACCCCGACCGCAACGCCGGCAGCGCCGCCGCCGCCGCUCGCUUCGCCGCCGUCAGCGAGGCCUACCGGGUGCUGGGCAGCGCUGCCCUGCGCCGGAAGUACGACCGAGGGCUGCUCAGCGCCCAGGACCUGCGCGGAGCUCCGCGGCCCUCCGGCCGCCCCACAGCCCCGUCCCCGCCGCCGCCCCCCGCCCCCGCCCGCCGCGGGCCCGGCCCGACGCCCUUCGACUUCGACGCCUUCUACCGAGCGCACUACGGGGAGCAGCUGGAGCGGGAGCAGGUGCUGCGGGCCCGGCGGGAGCAGCUGCGCCUCCGACGGGAGGGGGUCGCUGCCCAAGGACGUUUUCGGCUCCUCUCUGACCUCUCGGUCGGGCUCUUCUUACUUCUGGGCAUUGCUCUGCUCUACGGCAUCAAGUGACAGCGGGGACACAGCGGGGACACAGCGGCUGGAUGGCUGCCGGUGACACACCGCAGCUGCGGGCAGCCCCUGCGGUCUCACAGUGUGCAGGGGCUGCUGCCCAGGCUGUGACACUUCCCCUCAGACCCAGUACGUGACCAGCAGGCUCCAUGUGCAGGCCCUGCUCCAUGCUGUGUGACCAGACCCUGCUGUCAGCCUCAUCUUCAGAUGCAGCAGGCAUGGUACACACACGAUGUGACCUCUGCGAGAGUGACCUGUCAAUGGCACGUUACCUCUGGAUGUCAUCUGUGGGCUCUGCUCCACAGGCUGCAACAAACCUCUGCUGGUAGCAUGAUCCUGUACAUGCGUGUAGAGAACCAACAGGCUGCAGUGUGCCCCCUCUGCUGAUACAGCCUACACACAGUGCCUGACAAGUGAAUGCGGUUCAUGGACUCUGCUUUGUGGACUGUGACAUGUCACCUCCACUGGCACUACUGUUUGACCUUGCUGGGAGCCACAUGCCUUUCCUAAACCGCAGCAGAGAUUAAAUGGCUGUUAGUGGUG